UGACGGACAGCAGCCAGUCAGCGGCCGAACUCGAGCCCCGGGUGUACCGGGUGCGGUGCAAAACUGAUUCAGGAGGGAUACUAUCUACAGAGCUGAAGGAUGAUCUCAUGAUACUUGUCUUGACAAACAAGAAAUCCAACUGUACGAGCUGUUGUGACCAAUUUGCACCCAGACUGAUAUCUGUUCAUCUACACCUGCACUUUACAGGUUACAGCACAGUGGCGUUUGAUGGGACUCCAAGUUACGGCCACACUCCCUCUCACCACGCAGCGCAGUUUACAAACCACUCCUUCAAACAUGAGGAUCCCAUCAGUCAACAGACCUCGCUAGGAGAUCAACAGUACUCGGUACCUCCACCCGUGUACGGCUGUCACACCCCCACCGACAGCUGCACAGGCAGCCAGGCUCUGCUCCUGAGGACCCCCUAUAACAGUGACAAUUUAUACCAAAUGACCUCACAGCUUGAAUGCAUGACAUGGAAUCAAAUGAACUUGGGAUCUACAUUAAAGGGCCAUGCAACAGGAGUAUGAGAGUGACACCACACUGGUCCUAUGUUAUACAGCUGUGGGGCCCAAUAUAGAAUACACACCCAUGGAGUCUUUAGAGGAAUACAAGAUGUUCGGCGAGUGCCAGGAGUCGCUCCAACUAUUGUCCGAUCAGCUAGUGAGACGAAUGAAAAACGUCCCUUCAUGUGUGCGUACCCUGGCUGUAACAAACGAUACUUUAAGCUGUCCCAUUUACAGAUGCACAGCAGAAAGCACACCGGUGAGAAACCAUACCAAUGCGACUUUAAGGACUGUGAGCGAAGGUUCUCUCGUUCAGACCAACUCAAACGACACCAAAGACGACACACAGGUGUGAAACCCUUCCAGUAAACCUGUCAGAGAAAGUUCUCCAGAUCUGAUCAUCUGAAGACUCAUACCAGGACUCAUACAGGUAAAACAAGUGAAAAACCAUUCGGCUGUAGAUGGCCCAGCUGUCAAAAAAAAUUUGCCAGAUCCGAUGAAUUAGUCCGUCAUCACAACAUGCACCAGAGGAACAUGACUAAACUUCAGUUGGCCCUUUAGACAAUUCAAACAAACAAAUAAACCAGAUGGGACAAUAUGAACUACCUGCAAAAUUUCCAUCAUCCUUGACCACCUCUUUAGGAAAGCUACGGCUGUCUUCGCUACCAGUUGAGACAAGUUAACUAAACCGGAGGAUUCUGUUCAGUUUUGUCAUCCAUUUGGACUUAAAAAAAAAUCUCAUUCAAUGUUAAGUGGGUUUUUUGUACGUUGUUAUGGAAUGACAAGACUGUUAUAGUUCAAAUAUUACUAUGAACUAUAGUUACUUUUGAUGGGUUUUUCUCUAAAAAGCUUUCAAUUUUUAUUUCUACUUGAACUUUUCCAGGUGCAAAUUCAUUGUACCUCAUUCAGUCAACCAUGCGUAGGGCAUGUGUGCAUGUCUGCUAAGGUAGCUCUGUGCUUACUGCAUAUGUGCAUAUGGUUAGUUUCCAAUUUCUAAUACAACCACACACUCCAAAAAAACAUGCCUGAGACAUUUUUGGUAAGCUUUGUACUUCUACUGCUAAAGGCAAUUUUUAAAAUGUAAGGUCUGAUUUGAAUUUCAAAAAUCAACUUAACCCCCCCCCACAGUUUCUAGAGCUGCUAAGUUAGAUGAAGCAGUACCACUUUGUGCAGAAAAUGAGAAUCUUACAAUUAAGUUAACUUGCUUUUAACAUUAUAGCAUUGAUCCCCCCAAACUGUAUUUUCUCUGUUAAAUCUUUUUUUUUUUUUGUACUGGUUUAAAUUUAUUCCAUCAUGAGAUGCACAGAUCUUCUUCUUACCCCAAGCGGAUUCCAGUCAUUGUAGGACAUUUGGGAUUUGUUUACAAUGUAAACCACACUGGUUAUGUGGUUAGCAAGCUGUAUAAACUUAAAACUGAACUUAAAUGGGGCUGGUCCAGGAUCUCCAUUAACAGAUAAGUAACUUAAAAAGACUCUUCGUCAAGUAUAUGUGAAAAGAGACAUUAGUGUGAGGAAAUAUAUUGUUUCAGGGUUUUGGGAGGAGGGGUUUAUUAUUUCCUAUUAAUUGCUUGAAAUUGUGUGUGUGUGUGUGUGUAUAUAUAUCUGAUAAUGUAUUGCUCUUAGACAAUUAAAAUUAGAAUGUGUAUAAAUAUUAGAUGCAUCACUGUUCUGAUGUUGUUGCUGUUACAAUUAUCAAUAACACUAAGAAUGUAACCUGCAUUUU